UUCUGACUCAGUGCUUCUUUCUUCUUCUCUGGCGCCACCUAGUGGACAGUCCUCUCCUUCUGCCUCUGGUAGUCUGAAAAAGCGAUGAAGAGAUGUAUGUAAAACAUCAGUGUUAAUAUUGUGCAGUUUUCCUCAUAAUAAUAAAUUAAUGAUAAAAAUAAGUAGAAUGUAGAAAUUCAUAUUGGUAAUAUUUCCCAAAAUAACAGGAGUUUGACAAAACUUGAAAUAUAUAUAUAUAUUCUUUUGGAAAGGCAGAGAUAUGUGUUGCUUUAUUCUAAAUGCAAUAAAUGCAUCCUUGUGUAAAAGACAUGCAGCAGUCCAAAACAAAGUCUUUAUCCUGGUGAUAAGCUAACUGGCAUCAAGUCCAGCAAGGUUUGGACACACCCAGAACUAAUGGAAGGAACAACCUUGAACUUACUGUAAGGAAAGAAGCGAACUCUCAUCAGGAUUUCCCGUGCGGUCUUCAGAAUCUCUACAGCCUGAAAUGAGACACGAUGAAUGAAGUCCUGCGCGGUGGGCGUCAGAGUCUGGAACCACCUGAUGACACACCAUGGUGAAUAGAACACACGUGUGUGUACAUCACCCCCCGGUGGAUGGGCGGCAGACCUUGGAUAUGAAGAUGCCCAACUGCGAGGCCUUUCCGCCGCGGAUGUUGAAGCCCAGCUGAGCUCCUGGAGGUUUCUUCAAGACGAUGGUGCGGGGAAGGAACUGGCAGAGGCGCCGCCUGCCGGAUUGGAGGAGCACUUGCAUCGUUUCACUGUACAGACUGCUGUGUAAAACUUCACAAAAUCACUUGAAUAUACAUUCAAGACUCCAAAAGAACAAUGUGUGGGAACCCACCCUGAAGACCACCCUGAAGAUGUUUAGCUUCUGCACAGGCGUUGUCAAACCUCCCAUCUUGGGUUCCACCCUUCCAUCCUGCACCCAUUCACCGCAGAGACUUGGCAACCAGUUGAUGGGGGCAUGCAGAACGGGAUGGGACACACGUGAAGAGUUGCAUCUUCAUGUCACGUCCCGGGGAACUUAUGGCUGAGGCCGUGAAUGGGGGCUGGGUCCUCCCCUCUCGGUAGCCAUUGACCGUGCUCCCUGCCUCCCUCGCCAUCCUUCAGCGUCACGUUGAGUCUGCACUUGUUGCACAGUCAACCAAGAGAAGAAGAGAUGUCAGCCUUCACCGCUUGUUGCAGAGCUUGCAGCCGAGGCUUGUACAGCUGCCGCUGGAAACGCUCCAGGAAAGGCGAGGAAAGUCAAUGUGCAUGCUGGUGGUUCUCUGUGGUCGCCCUCGUCACCCUGCUGGCCGUCUCCUGGAUGUACGUUUGUCUGGUCACGUCUAACGACCAAGAGGAUGUCAACUGGAAAGGCUUCGUGAAACUGAAGCGGUGGGUGAACUGGGUCGUCGUGCUGAUCACCACGUCUGCGGUGCUGACCAGUUACUGCGUGCUGCUGCUGCUUUUUGCCUUGUUCCACAUCGCCCUGAAAGAACCGCUCCACUUACACUGGCUUCACAAGUUCCUCCUUUUCUUGGGUUUGCUUUUCAUCUCUGUCGGCGUCAUCGGGAUAAGUCUUCAGUGGAAACGGGAAUGGCCGACCGUUCUUCUCUCGCUCCAGGCCACCGCCCCUUUCCUGCAGCUGGGCGCUGUCUGGGCUUUGGUUCUGCUCAGCCCGUUGGUCUUCCAGGGAUGCCAGGCGGCCAAAACCAAACCUGGCCCCCGAGAACACCAUCAUGUCCUUCCGAAGGAGCAUCGCAUGCGGCGUGACGGCCUUCGAGACGGACGUGCAGCUCAGGGGUCCCACGGCAACCCAAUCUCCAUCCAAGCCUGUCUUUUGUGGCCAGCCAAUCCCAGGGCACAUAUAGACAAACACCCAUUCCCACCCACAUUCAUACCUACGGACAAUUUGGAGUGGCCAAUGAAGCUAGCAUGUUUUUGGAAUUUUUCGAUGCACGUUUUGCAGGGUGCAAAACUUCUAUCAGUCUCACAAAGACAGGGCACUGCGGACAUGCUUGCUCUGGAUGCUUCAGCGGGGGCAGCACUGAUCGGCGGACGGGAUUGGCGUUUUAAAGCAAGUAUCGCCCAUAUCGAUACUGUGCUUCUUCACUGAUAUCGGCCGAUACCAAUUGAUGGUCGAUCGAUCGGAGCACCCCUUGUGCAUGCCAUGACGUUUUGUCAACUUGAUUUUUCUUUGGAAGAAGGCGUCCACCUCAUUUGUGUUGAAGCAAAUAAUGCAGACGUGACCUGGGUCAAAGUGUUGCCAUCAUACUGGGAAUGACUUUCACACAACAUUUUAAAGUGCACGCAGAUGAAUCAAAUGCAGCUUCUGCCAUCUUUUGGAGCAACCACAUCUGUCAAUGCCUAUUCUGCUGACCCCGUGCUAAUUAAAGACCCUAGGGGUUACUUGCUAACUAUGGUAGACUCUGCAGCUAAUUGAAGGCUUGACAGUAAUCUUAUUCAUUGCCACAAACGUGGAACAGCUGAUCACUGGUACAGUAUCCGUUAACAAGUGCUCUGACCGGGUUUAAAAUAAAGAACUUCUUCUUAUCACUUA